GUAGAGACGCUCGGGCAUCCAUCAUGUGGCUCCCCGUGCUGCUCCUGCUGCUGCUCAACGGCACUCGGGCAACUCACCUGUACGGGACGGUGAUGACCUACUACCCCCAGGAGACUCACGCAAACGGAUCCCUAACGGUGAUCUCUCGCUAUAAGCUGAGUUCACACUCGUGCUCCAAUCCUGCGUGGGUUUGCAGUGGAAACUGUGGGACUGAAACCCUCGUUGAGAACCUCUUUGAGUAUGAGACGAGUGAAAACUGGUGCCAGCUCGAGGGCAUCAUCACCAACCUGGUUCCCACAAACGCCCCAUUUACACAAACGUUGAGCACUGGCAACUGGAUAAGUAGCCUUGUAAACAACAUCCAACUCUUGCGAGCCGAGACCGAGGUUGAACUGAGGAACCGGUCCGACACCGGCAAAGCCAACUCCUCCCCACAGACCACCAUCAUGCCGGCCAUCCGAGUUCCUUCAAACUGUCAGAGAGAUUUCAACCUGUUGGCGUUUGACCCGGAUGGAGACGAGGUUCGUUGCAGAUAUGGAAGCACAAGUGCAGAGUGUAACCCCUGCACCCCGGCAUCUGUCCUCAACGUCUCACCGAACUGCACCCUGUCGUUCAGCGCCACCAACAGCAGUGACGAGGGUGCGUACGCAGUCCUGCUAGUCCUGGAGGACUUUCCCAGCCAGAACAUCACGCUGACUCAAACCAACGGUUCGCAGGUGGCAAGAACGACCAGCGACGCCAUCAGCAAGAUACCCUUCCAGUUUGUUUUGAGAGUGGAACCUGCAGUGCCAUCUUGCACAGACGGAGAAUAUUUGCCCAAGUUUCUGUCUCCGACCCCAGCUAACCGAGCUCAGCUGACCGCCAGCAUCAGCCAGGAACUGGAGAUUCCCAUCAGAGCAGUGGCAACUAAUUCUGUGAUCUCCGGGCUGCUGUUCAGCGGGCCGUACAACGUCCUCCAGAAUAGUUCGGGUGGAGGGAACUUCACCCUGAGAUGGACGCCCACUGCCCGCGACAGUGGAGGAAGCCAUGCCCUCUGUUUCGUCAUCCAGGCCAAUCUCAGCAACACCCUGUACCACUCUGAGCUUCGGUGUGUGGCGGUGACCGUCGGAGACAGCUCAACGGCGACUACAACUACACAACCUACAACCACUACUACUACUGUGCCAAAUACUACCACCGCCACAAUCACCACCACUUUGGCUCCAACCACCUCCACUGUGGCUCCAUUCAACUCCACUGUAGCUCAAAACACCACCACCACUUUAGCUCCAACCGCCUCCACUUUGGCUCCAUUCAAUGCCACUGUAGCUCCAACCACCUCCACUGUGGCUCCAUUCAACUCCACUGUAGCUCAAAACACCACCACCACUUUAGCUCCAACCACCUCCACUUUGGCUACAGUUGCAACCAUCACCACUGUGGCUCCAUUCAACUCCACUGUAGCUCAAAACACCACCACCACUUUAGCUCCAACCACCUCCACUUUGGCUACAGUUGCAACCAUCACCACUGCGGCUCCAUUCAACUCCACUGUAGCUCAAAACACCACCACCACUUUAGCUCCAACCACCUCCACUUUGGCUACAGUUGCAACCAUCACCACUGCGGCUCCAUUCAACGCCACUGUAGCUCAAAACACCACCACCACUUUAGCUCCAACCACCUCCACUUUGGCUACAGUUGCAACCAUCACCACUGCGGCUCCAUUCAACGCCACUGUAGCUCAAAACACCACCACCACUUUAGCUCCAACCGCCUCCACUUUGGCUCCAUUCAACACCACUGUAGCUCCAACCACCACCACUGUGGCUCCAUUUAACGCCACUGUAGCUCCAAACACCACCACCACUUUAGCUCCAACCACCUCCACUUUGGCUCCAACCACCUCCACUUUGGCUCCAUUCAACACCACUGUAGCUCCAACCACCACCUCCACUGUGGCUCCAACUACCUCCACUGUGGCUCCAACCACCUCCACUUUGGCUCCAACUACAACCACUACGACUACGACUACAGAACCUACAACUCUAUCACCAACUACAGCUAACAACGCAACAUCAAUUGUUAUCGGCCUCAGAGCGAGGAUCUCCACCACCAUAUCCCUGGACAACAUGGAUACCAUCGUACAACUGCUAAAAGAGGAACUUGUGAGACAAGGGCUGCCAUCCGAUAUCAGUUUACGUCUUGCCAGCAACGGAGUGCUGGAAAUCUCAACGACGGCGUCUGGUUGAUGGCGAGAAUGGAGCUGAUCUCUCAACAGGAAGUCAAUGGGUCUCCCAGUCUGGGUUCAGCUGGUCUCUCUCUAAACAACACUUGUGUUCAACAGAUAUCAAUAGAAUCAUGUGUCUCUGCAAAAUUUAACUAUUUUAAUGUUCUAUCUUUUUCUUUUGUAUUUUUAAAGUGAAGUUAUUAUUUUAGCAACUCAGUGUGACUCCGCCUGUUUUCCUUCAUGUUCUGUUUGAAUGGAUAAUUAAAGUCGUUUGAAUGGUU